AUGCGCCUCUUCAACGCAACAACCCAUCAACUAACCGACUUCCUCGGCGAGGUUCCCCCCUACGCCAUCCUCUCCCACCGCUGGCAGGACGAGGAGGUCAUCUUCCAAGACAUCCUUUCAGGCACGGCACGCACAAAAAAAGGGUACGAGAAAAUCACGCAAUGCUGCGCACAGGCCCUCCGCGAUAAUCUGGGGUAUAUCUGGGUCGACACGUUCUGCAUCGACAAGACCAGUAGCGCUGAGUUAUCUGAAGCGCUGAACUCGAUGUAUGAGUGGUAUCAGAAGGCGGAGGUGUGCUAUGCUUAUCUGUGUGAUGUUGCUGAUACUUCGGUUGAAGUGACGUCUGGAGGAAGCGAAGAUUUUCGUGGCAGUGUAUGGUUCACGCGCGGCUGGACACUGCAAGAACUGCUUGCGCCUGCGCGGGUGGAAUUCUUUAACUCGAGGUGGCACCCUCUAGGCUCCAAGGCUGAACUGAAGAGCACCAUCGCUGGGAUUACCGGAAUCCAGGAGGCGGUGCUGGACGGGACGCUCCGACCACAAGAGCUGAGCAUCGCGCAGCGUAUGUCCUGGGCGUCGCAGCGUGUGACGACCAAAGUCGAGGAUAUGGCGUAUAGCCUACUCGGCCUAUUCGAGAUCAACAUGCCAAUGUUGUACGGGGAGGGCAAGCGGGCGUUUAUCCGGCUGCAGGAGGAGAUUAUGAGGCAGUCGGAUGACCAGACGCUGUUUGCGUGGAAGAGUUCGACUUCGUUGCCGAAUGCUGAUAAUACCUACCAUGGGCUGCUGGCGCAGUCGCCGGCGGACUUUAGAGACAGCGGCGAGUUCGUGCAGCCGGAGCAGAGGUUCAAUCGGAGUCCGUUCGCCGUGACUAAUAUGGGGAUUAGUAUUGAGUUGGCUGUUGUGCACUGGACUAUGGACAUGUACCUCGCGGCGCUGGACUGCGAGAUGCAGAGUAAGAAGAAACGAGUUGGGAUCUUCCUCUCGCCGUUGCCAGAGGACAACCAAUAUGCGAGGGUGAUGUGUGCUGGAGACGACCUGCGGACGUUUCCAGCAGACAUGAAGUCCGAAUACCGCAAGGUCUACGUGAGACAGAGAAUCGCAGGGACAAGAAGGCCCACGGAGCGCAUGUACGGAUUCUGGCUCCGUCAGUUUCCCCCGGUUUGGAAGGGCCCUCACUCCCAGUUCGAGGUGACGGCGUACCACCCCUGGGACGAAACGGAGCGCAAGCUCUGCAUCCCUCCGGGGAAACGGGGGACCGCGGGAAUUAUCAGAUACUCCAUGCGAGAGGACCACGUCGUGAACCUGCGCGUCGGAUUCGACGCCAUGCUCAACCCCGUUGUCCAGUUUGGUGGCUCUCUCAUGACAGACGCUCGAUUCAAAGCCCGCGAUCCAAAUGCCUUUGAAGUGCAGAUGGCAGACGACUGGAUGGACGAACGGAGGGAGCGCGUUUUUAUCGGAAACAGGAACCACGGACUCAACCUGAACGACGGGACAAUCCGGAUACUAGUCCUGGAAGAGGUCGUUAAGGGACAGCGGAUGUGGGUUGUCUAUAUCGCAAAGCCGGAAAACGGAGCCUGGCACAAAGACUGCGUCUGCGACGGAUGCCUGCUUACGGUGUUUGGGACUCGAUAUCGAUGCAAGUUAUGUCCUGGAUUUGACUACUGUUCCGACUGCUUCCAGAACGCGAAGCACACGCAUCCGGGCCAUAAAUUUCAAGAGGACAAGCCUGUUUGGCAUGCUGGAGUGUACUGUGACUGGUGUGCGGAGGUGAGUAUGCUUCUUUCCUUCUAUGCUGCUUUGGCUGACUCCACAGGGGAUAUAUGGAACGCGGUAUAA